AUGAGUAAACAAAGCGUACCGUACGCCAGUGGAGAUGGUAUUUUGUUCCUCGUUUUGUGCGAAUACACGAAUGUAAUAUUUUGAUGAAUGAACAAAUAGUUUGGUUGUAAAUAUGGCAAUCGGUGACAAACGAAGCUAGGGAUUAAUUUGUAGGGUUGACCAAUAACUGUAAGUUUUGAGGAUGGCGUAUGAACUCGGUUCAGGCAGUGUCAGGGGCUAUGCUGUUCUGCUUGCAUAUGAGAAGUUUAAUAAUGGCGCCAACAGGACUGGAGGUGACAAGGAUUUAGUCAACAUGAAAAAAAUAGCAAGAGACAUGAGGUUGGAGCAGAUCAACCAGGGUGAAAAUAAUGAGAAAAACCUUACAAAACACCAAACUUUGAAAGUGCUGGAGGACGCUCGCGGAAUUUUAUCACAAAAAAAUGACUGCCAGAUGUUCGUGUUCAUAAUCAGCACUCAUGGCAAAGAACUACCAAACCCGUCUGCGAGAGGUCAGAAGGACCAUGCUUUGAGCUGUUCUGAUGGUGAAAUGUUAUUUUUGAACACCGAUGUUGUCCAGAGGUUUAAUGAUCACAAUUGUCCAACAUUGAAGGGCAAACCAAAGCUGUUCUUCAUUCAGGCUUGUCGAUAUGUGGACCCCACAUGGUAUAUGGUGAAGGGUACAGAAUUGAUGAAUCCUGAUGGCCGAAUGCUCAUGAGCAAGGAUAAAACAAGGAUUUCUGUUGUUAGAAACAUAGAUACUAGCUCCAAAAUAGAGCAAGUGAACAUUGAUUUAGUGAAUAUUGACAAAAUCCACACUUCAAAGAAUUCGGACAACAUAGAAGAUUCAAGGGAGUUCCAUUUGGUUUUAAAAGAUGAACAGGGAACAGAAGAAUUCAUUGCAAGUACUCAGGACCAUGCAGACUGCUGGGUUAUUGGUCUUUGUGACCUUAUGUUGCAUAAUACUGAAAUUGAAAGAGUUCCUGCAAGGCGUAUAAAAAAGGAUGACAUUGUAGAAGUUGGUUAUGUGACAUUCCAGAAGAAAUGGAGACACGUUCUGUGGGAUAUUUGUUCCAGUCACGGGACAGGCGUUUCUGUUGGAGCUGGAAGCCAGACAAGUGCAGAUUCAGAAACCAUGGAAACGGGUACUAAAGAUGAGACCGAGGCAGAUGCAAGGGGUGGCGGAGACAGUAAGCCAAUGCAAGCUACUCCCGCUACAAAAAAACUUGUUCCAAAAAACUUGUCAAGGUCAGCAAACGAAAAUGUGUUUACAUUGAAGUGUACAGAUGGGAGUGAUAUAACUUUUCAAACCAAAAACCUUGCUGAGACUGAGACGGCUGACACCUGGUUUAAUAUCCUUACCUAUGUCAUGCAUUUCUCAAGUCAUGGGACAGAUGAAGGAGUCUCUGUCAAGGUCGAGGACAAGAUCCCAUCUACCAAACCCGAUGACCAAACAAAGCCGGAUGGAGAAACAGAGGAUGAUGCUAGCAGGACAAUGCCUCCAGAACCUACACACUUUCCUAUCCAGGUUAGUGAGGGUACAGAAACAAACACAAAACAUCUUCCCAUCCAGGAAAGUGGGAAUGGAAGCCAUGCACAACAAACAGUGGCUGUUACCAACAGUCCCCAGACUGUCCCGAUCAUCCCCCCAUACAAUCCCCAUGAUAGAUGGGGACACGGAAAUAAAACAUACAUAAAAGACCCGAUGCCUCGUGGGGUAAAGUGCAACAGAGAUACAUUGAUAAUGUCUGCUGUUCCAUCUGGCAUGAUGGCUUGGCGGGAUACAGAAAAUGGCUCCUGGCUCAUUGCAUGUGUAAAAGAAGCACUGGAAAAUGAGAAACAGAAAAAAGAAAUGGUGAAUUUCAUGUCAGUGUUGACCACUGUAACAAGCAUGAUGGCUGGGAUGGAAACCAACACCAAGCAUAACAACCCAGCAGUGCACCAGAUGAAAGCUGUUCCGGUCAUUGAGCACCAGCUACUAAAGAAAUUGAGUGUGUAAGGGUACAUAUUGUGUAAGGGUCAACAUUGUUUAAGGAUGAACAUUAUGUAAGACUUUAGUAACACCGUGUAAAGGUUUAAAGGUCAAUAUUGUGUCAACUUUGUGUAAGGGUCAACAUAAUAUAAGAGUUAACAUUAUGUAAGGGUGUAAGGGUCAACAUAAUAUAAGAGUUAACGUUAUGUAAGAUGUAAUGGCUAACAUUGUGUAAGGGUUAACAUUGUGUAUGGAUGUAACUUCAACAUUGUGUAUGGUCAAGUCUUAACAUUGUGUGUCAAUAAUGUGUUAGGGUGUCAUUAUUGAGUAAGGGUCAUCGUUGACAGUGGGUGUAUAUAUUGCGUCAUAAAUGCUACGUAGGAAGGCCAUAUUUUGCUUCAAAUGAAGACUUAAAACAAAGAUAACUACACUAUUUCUUCACCAUAUUAGAUGAAACAUAGUGCAGUCUACGCCUCUUCCAGAGCCCCGUCUUCGGUCUUUUACCAGAUUUUGAUUGAGAGUUUAGUUUCUUCAAACACUUCGACAAACCUUUUCACAAUACGGCCGUCUGACGGAGCACUGUUAAAACAUUAUUAUGGAAACAGGUUUGUUAAAGUGUUUGAGGAAACUAAUCACCUAGUAAAACUUCGGUAAUAAAACGAAGGCGGGGCUCUUUAAGUGACAAAGACUGCCCUUUGUUUUAUUUAAAAUGGUGUAGUUAAAGAAAAGUUAUCUUUGAUUUAAGUCUUCAUUUUAUGCAAAAUGUUGCCUUCCGACGUAGCAUAUAUGACGUAAUUUAUCACGUGUUAUACACACACUGCAUUGAGUAAGGGUCAACUUUGUGUAAGGGUAAAAUAACAUCUUUAUCAUUUUUGUUUUAUUAAUCAAAAUAUUAAUUUCAGUGUCUUGUUCUGAAGAUGUUAAUAUGUGCAGGUGCAGCAUUUUGUUUUGCUUCAACAAAAUUGCUUAUGAUUUAAAGAAAUAAUAUGCACAAUAAGAUAGUUGAAAACAAAAUACAUUGUACCUGUUUCAUAGCAGUAUGUGACAAGUUGAAUACAUUGUGAUCCAAUUGAUAACUGAAAUGGCAAUUGGUUAUUUUAAGCUUACCUGAGCAUUAGUGCUAAGGCUGAGUUUUUUCCACAGUCCAUAACCUUUCGGCAUCUCCUCUUAAACAGCCUUGCCAAUUUAGAUGGAUUUUGACUGAGAUGUUCCUUAGAUGGGCGCCUUUCAAAAUAUUUAUAAAAAAUGAAUACUAUGGAUAACUCUGCCACAGCAACUGAAAGGAAUAACUUCCUCUUGACAUAAACCAUGAUGCCUAGACCCUAGAUAUGCAGCACUGUCUAGUGGUUCUCUACCAAGAUUAUUGAAAAUAUGCCCCUGGGGUUGAAACUGACCCCAACCUGGGGGUCACAAGUUUCUUACAUACUUAGGAAAAUCUUGGAAAAUCUUCUUGCCUGAAACCACUAGUCCCACAUCAUGAUAUUUGGUAUGUUUAUCAUUAAGUUUGUUCAAAACAUGUCCCUGGGGGUGGGGGUGGUAUCACAAGUUUCCUAUAGGCUUAAAUAAGAAAAACUUCAUGUCUGAAACUGCUAGGCCCAGACCCUUGAUAUUUUGUAUAUAGCAUCAUACAGAGGUCCUCCACAAAGUUUGUUGAAAUUAUGCCCUUGGGGUCAAAGCUUGCUCCACGCCUUUUGACUUACAAGAACAUUAUUAUUGUUUAAGCAACUGCAUUGAAAUUAGGACCAUGUGUACAUUUUUAAAAACAAAUAUCAAUUUCGACCUUGGAAGACACUGACCGUGAUUUUGACCUACUUUCUUAUUUUUGUAGCUUAUGCAAUGAAAAUUUGACCCUGUGUUUAUUUUUAAAAACAAAUAAUCAAUGCUGUCCUCGGAUGACCUAUACUGUGACAUUUUGACUUCAUUACUUUCUUAUUUUUGAAGCUACAGCAAUACCAUUUGGACCAUGAACUGUAAAGUUAUAAAACAAAUAUCGAUGUUGUGCUUGGAUGACCUUAACCACUGCAACAAUUGAUAAUACUCGAUUAUAGUUUAAUUCCUAGUUGCAUUGCCAUAAACCAAUAAAUUCAUUCAUUGUUAUAAAAAAAGGGUUUAAAUCUUUCGCUCAGGACUUUAUCUUUCCAGUUAAUGUGUUUCAACAUUACACUUUAUAAUAACCGUUGGAAAAUUGACUGACAAAAUCCAGUGUGUGAAUACCAUGUGAUAAAUUACGUCAUAUAUGCUACGUCGGAAGGCAAAAUUUUGCUUAAUAAAACGAAGACUUAAAUCAAAGCUAACUUUUCUUUAACAACUCCAUUUGAAAUGAAACAAAGGGCAGUCUAAAAGCUUAAAGAGCCCCGUAUUUCUUUCAUUACCGAAAUUGAUAAGGUCAUUAGUUUCAUCAAACAUUUCGACAAACCUGUUUCCAAAAUAAUGUUUUGACAGUGUUCUGUCAGACGGACGUAUUGUAAAAAGGUUUGUCGAAGUGUUUUAAGAAACUAAACUCUCAAUCAAACUCUGGUAAAAGACCGAAGGCGGGGCUCCGUAAGCAACGUAGACUGUGCUAUGUUUCAUUUAAUAUGGUGAAGAAAUAGUGAAGUUAUCUUUGUUCAAUUUUUUUUUUUAAUCAAAAUAUUGCCUUCCUACGUAGCACUUAUGACGCAAUUUAUCACGUGGUAUACACACACUGAAAUCUCAUUUUAAUAAAUAAUGCAUGAGGCAGGGGAUACAAAUCUUCUAAUGAAAUCACAUGUUUCUCUUAAAUAUACUUCAAUAACCCUAUACUGUCAGUUGUCUCCAUAGGCGUGUGGUUAACAAAACUGUUCUAAAACUUGUGGUGAUCUGGCAGACCACUGGUUCAAUUCCAGCUUUGGCCAGAUUAUACUUUCAGUGUUUGUGAAUAUUUUUACAUGGGGUUAUUGCAAAACAAAUGAAAUGGCCUCAUAUAUAAUACAUAAAUUCAGAUUUUCCGAGCCAAAUCACCCUCGGUAUAUAACGAUGCAUAGUGCAGUAGUGAAUCGGGGAUAUCCGACGUUGAUUUAAAAUGUUGUAUAUAAUCUUUUAUUGAUCUAUUGCGAGGCCACAAUCAUGUUUCAAAUGCGUUCGGUUUCACAGAUCAUCAGUCUUAGGAUUGACAUAAUGGGGUAUAUAUCAAAAUAUGCACAGUGGUGUGAAGGGAAUGAACUAGUUUUUUUUUCCUUUAGUGUCAUAUGACUAGUAAAUUUUAGUAAUAUGUGACCUAAAAUUAUGCAUUUUUUCUUCUGAAUUAUAGCAUUUUAAGAUUUUUAGAAAAUUGCACAAAGCCUAACAUAAGAUAAAUAUAUUCUGUAAAAGGGGUAGACACCAGAUGAUACAAUUGCAAGAAAAAAGGAAAAAUGUCAAAAUCUUAUGUAAUAUUAACAUUUUUGUGUACAACACAUUGAAUCUUACUUAUGACACAUGCAUCUUUUGCAGAUUAUUAUCAUUUUUUUCCAAUUUGAAAUUUACUAGGGUUGUCUACCACUUAAAUCCCAGUAAGAUUAAAAAUAGUGUUUUAUUAAUCUGUACUCAUAAACGGAUAUGACUUAAACUGGGAAACCAUUAUGUGCUAUUUUAAACGGGGAAACACAGAUGAGACAGCAACGUUUGUUGCGUUUAUUAUUUUAACCAUGUAAAGUGAUGUAUUAUCAGCCUUCUACUAGCUUGAAUUAACAAUUCUUGGCUUGUGUUGAGGAAAUACUGUCUUUGUUAAUUUUUGGCCCAUCGGGUGUCUAGCCCCUUUAAAUAGCAGGUGUUCAUUCCCUUUUCACCACUGUGAAAAUAUGUAUAUAAAAUGUGCCAACAGAAUGUUUUUUGUAUAUGUUUUCAUGUGAUUUAUAGAAAUUGAUCAGUGAUGCAAUAUGAUAUUUUUCACUGUCACUUCUAAAUCAAAUAUCAGCAUGCAUAGUGCUUAAGACACAAUUUUAACGAUGUCAGUUCUGACGAUAUGGUCGCAUAUUAAUUGACACACCUUUAUAAAAACUGUAAUCUGUAAUUCACUGUCAUUUUAUAUCCUUUUUAGGCAUAUACUUAACAAAAAAAUGUUUGAUCGCAAUUCAUUAUACACCAAAAGUAAAAAUUUCACUUGUCACUUGCCUCUUGUGAAAUGUAAUUUGUGUGCUCACAUGGUGAAAUAUAUUGCUAUCUUAUACUGAAACAGACAACUAUCCUACAUGUAUGUAGAUAUUAGAUUGUAUUUCUGGAAUGUCAUUUGUAUGUUUAUGGUAAACAUGUGACUUGACAGAGAACGUGUAAUUAGAUAUUGAACUUUAAUAUUGUUUCUUUAGGUAUAAUAGUUUAAUCAAUGAAACAGAAAUUGGUGUUUGCUUGACAGUCCAUUUACGUAUAUAUUACACAAUAUUUGCAAGCAUGUAUAAUUAUCAGUAUAAAAUUAUUGUUGAAAAAAUACAAAAGCGUUUCAUGGGGGAAGGGGAGUUAUAAUUAAUUGUGUGUUUUUCAAACACAGUUUGUGCUGAUAUAUGUCAGUGUUGAUACACAAACUUUGUAUCUAUGUAUAUCUGAUCAUAUUGUAUUUUACAUGUUUAUUGUAUUUGGAACUCAGACUGUAUAUGUAGUGCUUCCAUGAACAGAAUUUACAUUAAAACCUUUGUGUGAGAUUGUGUAUACUAACACAAUGUACAUAUUACCCCAGAUUAUGUAAUACAGUAUACCAGUAAGCUGGUGUAAAUGCUCGGUGAUCAUAUCAUUUAACUAUGCAAUAUUUGUUUCUAUUAACUCUCAUUUUUUUAUUUGUGUUUGUUAAUUUUUAUUUUAUUUAUUUAUGGAGACCUUUCCUUGAUUCAACUCCAUUUUAGUUAAAUCCCAAUUAAACAUCUGCCUUUUCAAAUUAGUUUGAAUAAAAUAGUGUACAUAUUAUUUUUUUAUAAACUUCAAUGUGAAUAAAAGGUCUUUAAGAAGGUGAUUUUAAGAUAACCUUGGUAAAUUAAUUUCUUAGAUUCAAAAAAUUGUAAAUUUUAUACCUAUUAUUAAAUAAUAAUAAUAAUCUUUUAUUUUUAAAUAUGUUCCUAUUUCUUAAUAUUUCAUCAAAAACUUUAAAUGUUAUUUUGUGUAUUCGCAAUUAUGUUAAUUUCAUUAUAAUUAUUACAUAAUAAAGUAACAUCCUCUA